AUGGGCCUAUUCCCUUCUUCACUUGGUGAAUUAACCCAGCUUUCUUCUCUAAAUCUCAAAGAAAAUUAUUUCACUGGGUACAUCCCAUCUUUUGUUCAAAACCUCACCCUCCUUUCCUUCAUAAAUUUACAUAACAAUCAAAUUUCAGGGCCAAUCCCUUCUUGGUUUGGCAAUCUUACUGCAAUACAAAAGAUAUAUUUUUAUUCAAACAAAUUGAUUGGUUCAAUUCCGCCGUCCUUGUUCAAACUCAAUAAUCUUGAAUGUCUCGAACUCUCGCAUAAUAGUUUGAGUGGUACAUUGCAGUUAGAUUCAUUUCUUAAACUGAGAAAUCUCGCUGUCCUUGGUCUAAGCAACAAUAAAUUCAGCAAGUUUCCUGAAUUUAUUGGUGAUCAAACUAAUCUCGAAGUGUUGGACCUUUCCAGUAACAAUAUAUAUGGCCAAAUUCCCCAAAAUCUAAUGAACUCAAGUCUUCAACGCUUGGAAGAGAUAGAUAUAUCCAACAACUUGAUAACAGGGUUUCAUAACCAUCAAACCAUUCUACCUUGGUCUAGUCUUCGUGUGGUAAAAAUCCAAUCUAACUUGUUGGAAGGACAACUGCCAAUUCCUCCAUCGUCUGUCACACAUUACGAUGCCUCUGACAAUAUUCUAAGUGGUGAAAUUCCCAAGUCGAUAUGCAAUUUGAGUUCAAUUUUGAUCCUUGAUUUGUCAAACAAUAACUUGAGUGGGGAGUUUCCUCGUUGUUCAGGCGGUAUGAUCAGUGGCUUUAUAAUAGCUUUGAAUUUGAGAAACAACUCUUUCCAUGGCACCAUUCCUCUUGAAUGUCAGCAGCAGGAAAGUGAUUUGAGAAUGGUGGAUUUCAGUCACAAUAAUUUUCAGGGAAAAUUUCAACGACCAUUUGCAACAUGUGUGAAUCUCGAGUUUCUUGACUUUUCUUACAAUCAAAUCAGUGAUGUGUUCCCCACUUGGCUUGGGAGGUUUCCUCUGUUAAAAGUUGUUUUACUGAGGGAGAACAAAUUUCAUGGAGUCAUAGGGAAACCUGAAUACACUAAGGGUGAGUUUCCAAUGCUACAAAUUAUUGAUGUGUCUCACAAUUAUUUCACAGGGGCAUUGCCUUCUGAAUAUAUGCUCUUAUGGGAUGCUAUGAAAGCUUUUAAGGUGAGCGAUUUGAAAUACAUGAACGCACAUAUUAGUGAUAGUGGAAGCAUUUAUAAUUAUUCAACAACAUUUGUGAUGAAAAGUGUGGCAACAAGAUAUGAGAAAAUCCCAGCAAAUCUAGCAGUCAUUGACCUAUCGAGCAACAAUUUCAGUGGUCAGAUUCCUGAGUCCAUUGGAAGCCUCAAGGCUCUCUACUCACUCAACCUUUCAAACAAUGCGCUCAUAGGUCACAUUCCACCAUCGUUGGGGACAUUAACAGAACUGGAAUCAUUAGACCUUUCUCAAAACCAACUGUCGGGAAAGAUUCCUCAGCAACUAGCAGAGCUAAAAUUCCUCCAAAAGUUUGAUGUCUCUUAUAACAAUCUCACAGGUCCUAUACCACAUGAGAACCAGUUCCACACGUUCGAGAAUACCUCAUUUGAGGGUAAUCAAGGACUGUGUGGAGAUCCAUUGUGGAAGAAAUGUGAAAACUGGCUGCUCCCACCAUCAUCUGCUUUAAAUAAAGAUGCUGAUUCUAAUUUUGCCAUUGAACUAGACUGGAAAAUCGCUUUGGCUGGACUUGUUAGCGGGCUUGUUAUUGGACUCUCUCUUGGGGAGAUGGUGAUCCCGAGGACUCUCUCUAGAACAAGAUUGGCGGAGCUGAUGAUCCUAUAUUAAGUGCGUAUGUAUCCACAAUAGCUGUUGUUCGUAUAUUAUUUCUUCUGCUAUAUAAGUACUACUGUACAACUAAUAAACAUAUUGGUGUGUUUUUCUUUUGUAUAAAUUAAAUUAUGUCCUUUCUAUACCCAACUUUUUGAAUGAUGUCAAAAUGUUUAAAUUUCAUGAUCUUGACAAGAUGUAACAUAUAUCAUUGUAUUAGAACCACAUUUUCUUUUUCCA